CAUUGAUUGCAUUUUGAGAUCAAAUUCACUGAACUUUAAGCCAUUAAUCGCUUAAUCCGUUAAUCCAUCGCUUCUUUGAAUCCAAUCUUUCAUUCAUUCAAAGCUUUAACUGAAAUACAAAUGAAUUUUAUGACAGGAUUUAGGGAUAAAAUCCAUAAACUCUUUGAUAAGAAGAGUGAAGCAAAUGGUGACGACUUUGAAGACCACUCUCUGACUGUCGACAAUGGGAUGAAUGAGUUGUGCCAUGAGUUUGAAGAUUGUGUCGAUUUCAGAGACAAUGACAUCGAAGUGAACGCCAAUGGACUCAAUGGAAGCGAUGACGACAGCAGUGGCUCUUCAGAUGACAACCACUUCUUUAUGGCUAAUCAAAGAAUGGGUGAAGAGUUUGUUCGCAAACGAGAGGCCAAACGAAGCACUGAUUGGUAUGAAUUGCAAACAAUGGAAACGCAAUCCAAGUGUUCAUCGAGUGGUCAGUCAGUGAUGGCCUCAAAGGCGACGCCGAAGACGUCUUCUAAGUGUAAAGAAGUGAACCGUUUGUUAGAGAAAUGGGGCGAAAGUGUCGGCAUUUUUGAUACUCUGAGCGGCGCUCAGACGCGACUCAUUGGCUUAAGAUGUGAUAUAUUUGUCCCAAUUUUAUCAAUUCAAUGGUCACGUAUAGAGACAACGGUAUAA